AUGGGGACCCUACUGACCCUGGGCCCUCAGGCAGUGCCCGAGUGCUCUAAUGGUCAGUCCGCCCCUGGUGCCAGCUUUCAGUGCUCAUCCAUGCCACCUGCCAGUGCCCAUCAGUGCCACAUCAAUGCCACAUAUCAGUGCCUACCAGUGCACAUCAAUGCCACAUAUCAGUGCCCAUCUGAGCUGCCCUUCAGUGUCACCCAUCAGUGCCAGUCAGUGCCACCCAUCAACGCCAAUAAGUGCCACCUAUCAGUGCUAGUCAGUGCUGCAUAUCAGUAUGCAUCAGUGACGCCUAUCAGUGCCUGUCAGUGCUGCCUAUCAGUUCUGCCUAACAGUGCCCGUCAGUGCCACGUAAUAGUGCCAGUCAGUGCGCCUAUCAGUGCCAGUCAGUGCUGCCUAUCAGUGCCACCUAUCAGAGUCGCCUAUCAGUACAUAUAUCGGUGCUGCCUUUUAGUGCCUAUCAGUGAUGCCUGUCAAUGCCCAUCAGUGCCACCUACCAGUGCCUCCUCAUCAGUGCCCAUCAGUGCCACCUAUCAGUGUCCAUCAGUGCAGCCUAUCAGUGCCCAUCACUACAGCCUCAUUAGCGCACAUCAGUGAAGGAGAAAAAUCACUUAUUUACAAAAUUUUAUGACAAAAACUAAGAAAAAACUUUUUUUUUUUAAAUUUUCAGUGGUUUUUGGUUUGUUUAAGAAACAAUAA